AGUGUAGAGGGCCUGUGUGGUCCUAACCCCUGGCCUGUUCCUCCACCUCCCAGUCCCCUCCCCUCCCCUUUUACAUAAGGCCUGGGCACACAGGACCUUGAGUAGGACCUCUGGCCAUGGCCUUCACAGACCUGCUGGAUGCCUUGGGGGGUGUGGGUCGCUUCCAGAUUGUCUACACAGCUUUGCUGCUGCUGCCCUGUGGGCUGCUGGCAUGCCACACCUUCCUGCAGAGCUUCACGGCUGCUACAGCCCCUCACCACUGCCGGCACCCUGCCAACUACACAGAGGCUAGCACCAAUGACUCAGGGGCCUGGCUGAUGGCCACCAUUCCCCUGAACCAGCAUGGGGUCCCUGAGCCCUGCCUGCGCUACACAGAGCCUCAGUGGGCCCUUCUGAAAUCCAAUGCCUCCCCCCAUGCAGUGGCCACAGAGGACUGCAAGGAUGGUUGGGUCUACGACCGAAGCGUUUUCCCAUCUACCAUUGUGAUGGAGUGGGACCUGGUGUGUGAGGCCCGGACCCUCCGGGACCUGGCUCAGUCUGUCUACAUGUCUGGGGUGCUGGUAGGCGCUGCUUUGUUUGGUAGCCUCGCAGACAGGUUGGGUCGCAAGGCCCCACUGGUCUGGUCAUACCUGCAGCUGGCAGUUUCGGGGGCUGCCACAGCAUAUGUCGGCUCCUUCAGCGCCUACUGUGUAUUCCGGUUCUUGAUGGGCAUGACCUUCUCUGGCAUCAUCCUCAACUCCCUCUCUCUGGUUGUAGAGUGGAUGCCGACCAGGGGCCGGACAGUGGCGGGCAUCUUGCUGGGCUUCUCCUUCACCUUGGGCCAGCUCAUCCUGGCUGGCAUGGCACACCUGAUCCGCCCCUGGCGGUGGCUGCAGUUUGCUGUCUCUGCUCCUUUCCUGGUCUUUUUCCUCUACUCUUGGUGGCUUCCAGAGUCAUCCCGAUGGCUCCUCCUUCACGGCAAGUCCCAGCAAGCUGUGCAGAACCUCCGGAAGGUGGCCAUGAUAAAUGGCAGGAAGGGGGAAGGGGAAAGGCUGACUAUAGAGGUGGUGAGCACCUACAUCCACAGUGAAUUUGCAAGUGUCCGCACCUCCAACUCUAUCUUGGACCUCUUCCGAACCCCAGCCAUCAGAAAGGUCACAUGCUGUCUCAUGGUUGUCUGGUUCUCCAACUCCGUGGCUUACUAUGGCCUGGCCAUGGACCUGCAGAAGUUUGGACUCAGUAUCUACCUGGUACAGGCUCUGUUUGGGAUCAUCGACAUCCCAGCCAUGCUGGUCGCUACCACCACCAUGAUUUAUGUGGGACGACGGGCCACAGUGGCCUCCUUCCUCAUCCUAGCUGGGCUCAUGAUCAUCGCCAACAUGUUUGUCCCUGAGGACCUGCAGACCCUGCGGACAGUGCAGGCAGCGCUGGGCAAAGGUUGCCUGGCCAGCUCCUUCAUCUGCGUGUACCUGUUCACAGGAGAACUCUAUCCCACAGAAAUCAGGCAGAUGGGAAUGGGCUUUGCCUCUGUCAAUGCCCGCCUCGGAGGCUUGGCAGCACCCUUGGUCAGCACACUUGGUGAGAUCAGCCCUGUCCUUCCACCUGUGUCCUUUGGUGCCACUUCAGUCUUGGCUGGACUAGCUGUUGCCUGCUUCCUGACCGAGACCAGAAAUGUGCCACUGGUGGAAACCAUUGCUGCAAUGGAGAGAAGCAGAGUCAAAGAAGGCCUAUCCAAAAGAGACACAGAACGUAAAAGUGAAGAAAUUUCUCUUCAACAACUGGGGGUUUCUCCCCUCAAAGAAACCAUUUAAGCUGCCAAGAGCCUGUGCAGGGAGUGAGAGUGAGUGUCUAAGUUCCCCCUAAGGGGCCCUGGUGCAGAACUCCAUGCAAAGCCAGAGGACAUCAUGGACUUUCCUGCAGAACCACACCCAAGCCCAAGCAGAAAGAGAUAGCAGCCUGCAGGGACCAAAGGGAAGCAUGCUGUCUGUUGCAAUAAAAACACCGCCUUCCAGGUC